AUGGGCCAUUGGGCUGUGAGCCAUGCCCUGGGCGUGCUUGAUGAAGGACGAUCGGGCUACGCCUCGGCCACAUCAUCCACCAUGACCCUUCCGGCGGUGACCUUCACCCCCUACCACCUCAAGUGGCUCAACGCGCGCCUGGAGACCAUGCACCCUCAGGACAUCCUGCGUUUCUGCAAGAUUCUCUUCCCCAACUUGUACCAGUCGACCGCCUUUGGCCUCACAGGCCUUGUAACGCUGGACAUGCUGUCCAAGCUGGAGGCUGAGGAUGCCCGCCCCGUCGACAUCAUCUUCCUAGACACGCUGUACCACUUCCAGGAGACGCUCGACCUUGUCGAUCGCGUGCGGCAGCGCUACCCCAACACGAAAGUACACGUCUUCAAGCCCGACGGCUGCAAUACAGCCGAGGAGUUCGAGGCCAUCUUUGGCGAGCGCUCGUGGGAGACCAGCGCCGAGAUGUACGACUGGUACGCCAAGGUGGAGCCGCAGCAGCGCGCGUACACGGAGCUCAAUGUGGCGGCGGUGUUGACGGGCCGGCGGCGGUCGCAAGGGGGCCAGCGCGACAAGAUCCCUGUCAUCGAGGUGGACGAGGAGCGCGGCGUGGUCAAGAUCAACCCGCUCGUCACCUGGAACUUUGAUCAGGUCCACCGGUACAUCAAGGACAACGACGUUCCUUACAACGCCCUCCUCGACAGGGGCUACAAGAGCGUCGGCGACUGGCACUCGACAAGCCCCGUGGCCGCGGGCGAGGACGAGCGCGCAGGCCGGUGGAAGGGCCAGGACAAGACCGAGUGCGGCAUCCACAACCAGAAGAGCAGAUAUGCCCAGUACCUCGAGGAGAUGGAGCAGAAGCGCCGCGAGGAGGAGAUGGCCCAGGCGUUUCAGCAGAACCAGGAGCGCAUCAGCACCAGCGGUAGCAAUCACGAUGCAUCCGCCAUCCAGGUCUCGUCAUAG